AUGUUUAAUAAUAAUAAUGAAGAAGAAGAAGACAGUUAUAGAAGAGGUCGAGGAAGUUGUAAUUCAUCAGACAGCGAUUUUGAAAAUGGUACUAACGAAUGUAUGAAUAAUUUUAAUAAUUAUAAUAAUUUUAAUCGUUAUCAUGAGCAGAAUAUAAAUUCAUGUGAAAUUGAUGAGUUAUGUGUUGAUGAUAGUAAUGAUGAUAGUAGUAGUAAAUAUAAUGAUAGAGAAAAUGUAGAUAACAAUUUUGAGAUAAAUAUGAAUAUAAAUUUUGAUGGUAUAUAUAAUUAUAAGAAUUUAAGACCUGUAAAUGAGAAUGAAGUAGAAUUAGUUGUUGAUAAUUUUUUUGAAAAAAUAAGAAAUAAUGAAGAAGUAUAUUCUGAAUGGAAAAUAUGUCCAAAUUUUAUAUUUAGAAUAUUAUUCAUACCUAAAUCAAGAGCUAAUAAUUUUAUAUAUCCAGUAGCAUCUUCAUUUAUAGAAACCAUUCCAAAAGAUGAUUGGGUGUCUGAUUGGGGUUUCAGUGAUGUUCAAUAUUAUAUUAUAUUAAUAAAUAUAGCUGAUUAUAGAAAAUCAUAUUAUAAAAUUGAUCAUUUUAAUUUUAAUCAUCUAAAUACAGAUAGAGGGUGGCAUAAUUUUGUGCCCUUUGAAAAAUUAAGAGAACCAGGAUUUAUAAGUGAGAAUGGACAAAUAAUUUUAAGAGCUGGAGUUUAUCCAUUCGGGUCAGAAUCUUAUAAAAAUAGUAGAGAUAUAAAUUAUGAUAGUAAAAUCAGAACAGGAUUUGUUGGAUUAAAAAAUCAUGGUGCUACAUGUUAUAUGAAUGCUUUACUUCAACUUUUAUAUCAUAUCAAUAUUUUUAGAAAAGCUGUAUGUAUGAUGAUAUUUAAUAUAGAAAAUAUUAUAGGAAAAAAAACUCUCAAAUUUUUUAAAAAUAAAUUCUAUAAGAAAAAAAGAAAGUAUAAAAAAAAGUCCAUCGAUACAAAAAAUAUUCUACCCCUAAAUAAUAACAUACAUCCUCAUCACACCAACAAUAAUAAUGAUAAUAAUAAUAAUAAUAAAAAUAAAAAUAAUGUUGUUGAUGCUGUUGAUGUUGUUGAUGUUGUUGAUGAUGAUGAUAUUAUUGAUGAUGAUGAUAAUAAUAAUAUAUUAUUUCAAAAUGUCAGAGGCUAUGAAAGUGAUAAUUUUAAAGAUUUAGAAAAUAAUAAUAAUGGCCAAUAUUUAAAAAAAGAACGUAAAAAACAAAAUACUCCAAUGGAUGAUCAAGUGGAGGUACAAAAUGAAGAUGAUAAUAAUUCCCAUAUAACAAAUAAACCAUAUAAUAAAAUAAAACGUGUUUCAUAUAAUACAACAGAAACUAUAAAAAAUUUCAAAUCUGAUGUAUAUGUAGAUAAUAAUAAUAAUACACAUUCGUCUAAAGAUAUUUUAUUAUCACCAUCUACAGCAUCCAUGUAUACCAAUCAUGAUAACAUUGCUGAAGAAAGACAAAUAGAAACAUCCCUCAUAUUGCAUAAUGACUCAUGUCAUAAAUUAAAUAAUAUGCAAAUAAAGGAUCUACCCUUUGAAGGCACAUCAAAUGAAAAUAAUAGUAAUAGAAAUAAUAAUAGUUGUAAAAGUCCUUUAUUAUUAAGGGAUCAAAAUGAUACUCUAAAUAAUUUAACCGACAGCGAAACGAACAACAAUAAAAAUAAAAAUAAUAAUAAUAAUAAUAAUCAUAGUAAUAAUAAUAAUAAUAAUAGUAAUUGUAAUAAUUAUCAAUAUGAAAUAAAAAAUUAUAAGAAACAUACAUAUUCAAAUGUAUCGUCAUCAGACCCAUCUAUAGAAAAUACAAGAAUUAAUGACAAGGGAAACGAGAAUGCUCAUUUUAUGGGUUCUACAAAUAAUUCACAUCUUAACCAAGCAUCUAAAUAUGGAAAAAAAAGUAAGAAAAAAAGCCUGCUUCAUGAUGCUAAAAAGAAUUUAAAAAAAAAAAAAAAAAUUAUUAAAUAUGCAAAUGAAAGGAAAUGUGAAAAUAAUGUAGAAAAUAUUGAAAAUUUUGAAAGUGCAGAUAAUGCAGAGAGUAUGGAAAAUGGCAUAUCGCAAGUAUCCUCUUCUGACAACUUUUCUAAUAUAUCUAAUAUUUCUAGAAAGAAGAAAAAAAAAUAUUCAUCUAAUAGUAAAUCGAAUCUAUUAAUAAAUAAUAAGAAAAUGAAGAAUUAUUCUUCAUUAAGUUUAAUCAAAAAUAAUAACUAUAAUGAUGAAUAUGAUAUGACAAAUGGACAGAAUGUUGGUAAUAUGAAAAAUAGUGGAAAUAUUAAUAAUAUGGAUAAUAUUGAUAGUAUGAAUAGCAUUAAUAAAAUUUAUGAUUUUCACAGUGAUGAUAUACAGGGGAAAGAUAAUCAUGAUGCAAAUAGAUAUGGUAAUCAACAUGAUAAUGAUGAAGAAGAUUUGUAUGACCAACAUCUACAGAAGAGGUAUACGUUUAAUUAUUCAGACAGUGAUGUAUCUGUAAUAUCAAUUACUUCUUCAGGUUCAUCAGAUUAUGUGUCGUGUUCUUCUUCUUCAUCAUCUUAUUAUUAUAAAAAGAAGAAAAGGAAUAAAUAUGUGAAAUCCAAAGAAGUAGAUUAUAAAAAUAUUUUAUUAGAAGAACAAAAUGAAAAGAAAAAUAUUCUUCCAACAUCAUUAGCUUUACAAAAUUUAUUUUAUAAAUUACAUACAGUAGAUGAAGCUGUUUCUUGUAAGGAAUUAAUACGAUCAUUCGGAUGGGACGCAAGUGAUGUGUUUACACAACAAGAUACACAUGAAUUAUUAAAAUUGUUGUUAGAUAAAGUUGAAGAACAGAUGAAAGGUACUGUAGUUGAAGGAUCUGUUAAAAAGAUGUUUGAAGGUGAAGUGGAAACAUAUAUUGAAUGUUUAGAUAUAGAUUAUAAGAGUAUAAGAAAAGAGACAUAUGAAGAUAUACAAUUAGAUGUUCAAGGAUGUAAUAAUAUAUAUGAAUCAUUAGAUAAAGCAAUUGAAGCUGAAGUAUUAGAAGGUGAUAAUAUAUAUGAGACAGAUGGAUAUGGUAAACAGAAAGCUAAAAAAGGAAUGAGAUUUUUAAGUUUUCCUAAUAUUUGUAUUUUUUUAUUAAAAAGAUUUACAUUUGAUUUACAAAGAAUGGAAACAGUCAAAUUAAAUAAUCGUUUUGAAUUUUAUAAAGAAUUAGAUUUAACUAAAUAUUGUAAUAAAAGUGGAAGUGAAUAUGUAUUACAAGCAGUUUCUGUUCAUCAAGGGAAUAUGAAUAGUGGUCAUUAUUAUUCUUUUAGUUAUAAGCAUAAUGAAAAUUUCUGGUUAAAAUGUGAUGAUGAUAAAAUAUUUAGAGUAAGCGAAUAUUCAGUUAUUAAUGAUAAUUUUGGUGGUUAUGAUAUUAAUAUGCAAAAUGAUUUAUAUGAUUUUGAUAUAUCUGAUAAUAUAAAACAAAGAUUAAAAAAUUAUAGUGCAUAUAUGUUAGUAUAUGUUAAAAAAUCUUUAAUACCUAAACUUAUAAAAGAAUGUGAUCCAGCUCUUGUUAAUCCUCAAGUUGUUAAAAGAUGUAAAUUAGAAGAAAUGAUUAAUAAAAAAAGAUAUAAACUUAAAGAUGAAAUUUUAGAAUAUGUUAAAAUAAGAGUUUAUGACAAAUAUUCAUAUGUUCAUAAAUCUUUUCAAGAUCUUCCACCAUAUGGUAUCCCAUCAUUAUUCAAUAUAAAAUUCGAUCGUAGCAAAACUGUCAUUCAAGCAUUUUAUAAAAUAUUAAAAAUUAUUAAAAGGAUAUAUACCAGGAAAAACCAUAAGCACAAAAAAAAAAUCUUAAAAAAAAUUAACAAAAAUAAUAAUCUUAAUUCUAUAAAUCAUGUUAAAGUAGUAUCCUUGGAUGACAAUAUUAAAGCAAAUCAAGCAACAGAUGAUAAAAUCAAAAUAGGUGCAAUGACAGAUGUACAUCAUAGUUCUUAUGAUAUAAAUUCACAUGAAAAAAAAGAAGAAUCAGAAGAAAAUGAAGAUAAUAAAAAGGAGGAAAGAAUUAUAUCUGAUAUGGGUUCAAAAAAAAAUAAAAAUACAAAUAAAAAUAAAAAUAAUAUUAAUAUUAAUAGUAGCAGUACAGAUGGUGAUCAAAUGCAUGACUGUUAUAAAGAAACAUAUUCUAAACAUAUCAAACAAAAUGGUAAAGAAGAAAAAGAUAUAUAUAAUAAUAUUGAAUUAAAAAAUGAAACCAAUUAUGAUAAUAAAGAAAUGAUAAAUUGUAAUAAUAAUAUUAAUAUGAUAGAAAAUCAAAGUAAUCAUAGUGAUUGUUAUGAUAGUGAUAGUUCAUCUGUUAAUUUAUCUUCUUCAUAUUCUUCAUCUGAUGAUUCUUCAUCUUCCAUAUCAUCUGUACCUUCAUGUUGCACUGUAAAAUCAUUAGAUAAAUAUAUAAAUUAUAUAUCAAAAAACGAAUUGGCAAAUAUUAAAGAAAAACCAGAUGUGAUAAAAAAUAAUACAUCACAAGAUAAUAAUAAUAAUAAUAAUAUCACAUCAACAAAUAAUAAUUUAUCUCCUGUAUCUGUUUCAUGUUCAUCAAAUUCUGACGAUGAUUCGUCUUCAUCAUCAUAUGAUCAUUUAAAAAAAAAGAAAUGUUUCUAUAUUUUGUUAUCAUCCAAUGAUAUACAUCGUUAUUAUCCUUUAGAUAUGAAAUUGUAUAGUAAUAUAUAUUUAUAUGAUUUGUUUAAAAAGACAAAUAAAGAAUCCAAUGAUUUAUUUCCAACUAUUGAUAUAUUGUAUUUGCCCUAUAAUAAAAGGACAAUGAUAUCAUCAAAAAAUUAUAAUAAUAGUAAUAAUAAUAGUAAUAAUAAUAAUAAUAUCAAUAAUAAUAAUAAUAACAAUAAUAACAGUAAUAGUAAUAGUAAUAAUUAUAAAAAUCGAACCGCCCUAUUUGUAUUUAAAUAUUUUGAUAUAUAUGCAGAAGAGAAAAUCAAUGAUUCCUCCCUUAUAUGCUUAGAUUUCAUCCACUGUGAUAUACAUCUAAAACCUAAACAGUUAGAACUUCGAUUAAUUGAGAAAAUUUUAAAAGCUAUGGAUAAAGGUUAUAUCACUAAAUAUAAUUAUGAUUUAUUAAAAAAUUAUAUUAAUAAUGAAUAUUUUGAUUCAGAUGAUCCAUUAAAUUUUAAGAUAUUUGUAGAAUAUAAAAAUAAAUGUAAUUUAAUAAAAAGUAAAAAAAUUAUAGCACAUAAUAAAAUAUCACCUGGUGAUAUUUUCAUUUUUAAUUUCUUAAGUAAUAUGAAUUUAGAAAAAAAAAAAAAUUUUAUGCAAAGAUUAGGUAUGAGAAAAGAAGAUUUAUAUCUAGAAGAAGAAAAUAAUCCUUCAUAUGAUGUAGAUCUUAAUUCAAAUAUUUUAUUUAAGAUUCUUUAUAAAAAAAUCAAACUCAUACAUAAAAUGUAUAACUGCUGUUAUAUAAUUAAUAAUAAGAAUGGUGUAUAUUAUAAAAUAUUAUUAGAUACAGAUAAAAAUAAUAAUAAUAACAUAAAAAACAACAUCAAUAAUAAAUAUAUUUCUAAUAUUAAUGAUAAAGAAAAAAAUAUAGCUACACAUCAUAUACAUAAAAAUGAAAAUGAUACGACACAAUCAAAAGAUAUAUAUAAUAAUGAAAAAAAUAAAACUGAUCAUAAUGAAUUAUUAAAUGAUAACUAUUUUGAACGUUUUAAUGAUAAUCAGAAACAAUAUGAAAAGAAUAAAAGUAAUAUGUAUUUAAAUCAAAAUGUAUAUACAUCUAAAAAUGAAAAAGACGUAUAUCAUUAUAAUGAUGAUGAAGAUUAUACUAGAGAUGCCAACUAUUUUAAUUUCAUUCCUUCAUGUGAAAGGGUUGCUAAAAUGAAUUGUGCAAAUCAUCAAAUUGGAAAUAUUAAUACUUCUGAUAAAAAUGAUACAUAUGAUAAUAUAAAAAAUGAAGAUUCAGAUAGUGUUAUACUUUGUAAUGCAGAUCAAAAUAUAUCUUCUUCAGUAUCAUAUAAAGUACAUGACACAUAUGGAGCUAAUCAAAUUAACAACAACAACAACAAUAAUAAUAAUAAUAAUAAUAAUAAUAAUAAUAAUAUGUAUCAAUAUAAUGAUAUACAAGGUAACCUCAAUUUUAAUAUAUUUAAUAUAAAUAAAGAUAAUUUGUCUUAUGAAGAAGUUUUGAAAUUAUAUCAGUAUUUAAAAAAUUAUGGUUCCCAAUUAGAAAGAAAUAAUAUUUCAUCCACAUAUACGUUAUUAAAUGAAAACAUGUUGGAAGAAAUAAAAGAAAGUGCAUUUUAUAAUCAAAAAAAAAAACAAAUUUCUAAAAAGGAUAAAAGUGUUCAGGUAUUAAAUAAUGAAGGAAUAAAAAUAUGUAGAGACUAUCAAUAUCCUUUUUAUAGUCCUCCCACAUCAGAUGUAUGCACCGAUGAAGAUAAUAAUAAUAAUAAUAAUAAAAAUAAAAAUAAAAACAAUGACAACAAUAAUUAUCAUAAUAACAAUAGUUGUAGUAGUAUUGUAAGCGUGAGAAGAAAAAAGAAAAGAAACAAACAAACAAAUAUGGACAACGAAAAUGAAAAUGAUAAUAAAAAGAAUGAUCAACAUGGAAAUCAAAAUGGUGUAAUAAAAAGUCAGAAUUGUAUAUCUACAUAUAAUAAUAAUUACUACAAUAAAAAUGAUAAUAAUGUGAGAGAUAAUAAUGUGAUAGAUAACAAUGUGAUAGAUAAUAAUGUGAGAGAUAAUAAUAUAAAAGAUAAUUUACGAAUUAAUCAAGAUAGUAACAACAAAAUUGUAGAUAUAAAAAAAGUUAGUAGUAUAAAUAAUAUAUCUACAUCUAAUAAUUUAAAUUCAUCAAAUGAACAUAAUAUAUAUAAUGAAAUUAUGGUUCAAUAUGAUUCAGAUAUAUCCAUAUGUUCAUCGGCUAAUUCAUGUUUGACCUAUACAUCAGAAAGUACAGAUUUUUAUAUAUAUCCAGGAGAGGAACUUGUCGAAUUUCAAUAUAUACCAGAAAUAUUUGAUCAUAAAAAGAAAAAAAUUAAAAAUAAAAAAUUAAAGAACAACAACAACAACAAGAAGAAUAAGAAGAAGAAGAAAAAAAUGAAAAAGAAGAAGGAAGAAAAAAAAAAAAAUGAUACUAUAAAAAAUGAAGAAUCAUCAUCUAUAGUAUCCAAUUCAAAUGAUCAACAAGAUGGUGAUGAUAAUGAUAAUAAUAAAUUGAAACAUUUAAAAAGUACUAGUGUUCAUAAAAAUAGUAUUAAAAUUUUUGAAGAUGAUAAAAGGAAUGAAGACAAUAAUGAUGAAUUGAAAAAUGAUUUAUUUAAUUUGAAAAAAGAAAAAUAUAUAUCCAACGAUAUCAAAUCCAAUAGUUAUACUAAAAAUAAAGAAAGAGAUAAUAGUGUACUUGGUUUAUCAAAUGUUCAUGUUGAAAAUAUGGGAGAUACAAAAAAUGAUAUAACAAAGAGAGACUUGGAAAAAAAAACAAGUGAUAUAGAGAAAGGUAUGAGUACUAAUAUAAAUAACAAUAUAGAUUGUAUGUCUAUAUAUGAAGAAAAUAUUACAAAACAAGAUGUAUUGAUAAAAGAUGAAUUUGAAUGUACUCAAAAAAAUAUGACGGACAGUAAAGAAAUAGCUAGUCAGCAUAAUAUGAAUAAUACUGUAUUUUCUAAAAAGGGUUCACUAAAUAAUUCAUUGUGUAAAAAUUCUGUAUAUGUGGAAGGAGUCCAUGAAAAGGACAAAAAUAAUGACAACAAAAAUAAUGACAAUAUUAAUAAUAGUAGUAGUAACAAUGUGGUUAAUGAUAAGAUGGAUGAGCAAGGAAAUACCCAAUCAAAGGACAAUAUAAAUAAUAACAAUAAUAAUAAUGAUGAUGGUGGUGAUAAUAGUAAUGAUAAUGGUAGUGAUGAUGGUGGUGAUCAUAGUAGUGAAAAUAGUAAUAAUAAUAGUAAUGAUAAUAGUAAUGAAAAUAGUAAUAAUAAUAGUAAUAAUAAUAGUAAUGAUAAUGGUCAUAAUGAUAAUUGUGGUGAUGUAAAAAGAACAAGUUCUAAAUGUCAUAGAAUUAUAAAAAAAUCUGGAGGAGUUGCACACAAAGAAGAACCCAUAUUACCAUUUUAUGUGAUCUGUGAUUAUGUAAAUUUUAUUGAACGUAAAUAUUAUGUUAAUAAAAUACGUUUUAAAUUAUAUGAUCCAAUAUAUCAAUUAGGAAAAUAUAAAAAUUGUGCAGGAAUUAUUUUAAAAAAGAAUAUAAAAAAGAAUUAUCCAAAUUAUAUUGAUUCUUACUUUUUAUUUUUAAAAAAAGAAUUAUUAAAAAUUGAUUUAGAUAUUGAUAUAAGAUGUCCAACAAAACAAAUAUUAAAACAUGUAUGUUAUAAAUUAAAUAUAGAUCCUACUCAUAUAUUAAUAUAUUCAUUUCCACCAUUAACUAGUCCUGUUAAUUAUACUUCUUAUAAUAUAGAUUCUUUUACAUAUAAAACAGAUAAUACAGAUUAUUCUAAUCAUCAAAAACAUAAUAAUAUUAUACAAUAUGGACACGCACCAUUUGAUGCUUUAUUAAAACAACAUUCUAUGUUAUUAGAACAUCAUCCAAUGACUGAAAAUAAAACAUUCUGUUUGUCUAUAUUACCAUUUCAUUAUAAAUUUACAUCAAGAUUAUAUCCUAUAGAAAGACCUAAAUAUUUUUAUUAUGUAAUACAUUUAUUUAAUGCUCAUGUUCAAUCAGUGGCUGCUUUCAAUGGACAUAUUAAAAUUAAAAAAGAUAUAAAUGAUAAUAUAAAAACACAUGAAAAAAUCUAUGAACAAAAUGAUCAUGAUAUAAAUAGUGAAUAUUCAUCUUCUCUUUCUGACAAUUCUAGUAGUACUAUUGUUAAUAAUGAAUAUAUAACAGAUAACUAUACAACAGUUCAAGAUCUAAUUGAUAAAAUCAAAUUAGAAAUCAACCCAUACUUAAAAAAAAGAGGUAUCGAUAUAAAACAAAAAUUCAGAUUGUUAUAUUCCUUUGGACCACAAAUUAGAUAUCUACAUAAUGAUGAAUAUCUUGUAGAAAUAGAAUUUGUCAAAUCAAAUCCAAUCAAAAAUUCGUAUGUCGCACCCAUAAGAAUGGAGCCUGACUUUUCAGACGAACAAAAAGAAAUGAUCAAACGAAAUGAAUUGAAGGUAAUUCAUGUUUUUAAUCAAACACCAUCAAAAGAAAUAUUCGGUUACAGUUUUGACGUCCUUGUGGAGCCAAAUGAUAAUAUGCAGGAUAUUAAGCAUAAAAUAAAAAAACGAACACUACUUCCAAAAUAUAUAUUUGAUAAAAUUACAUUUUUCGAAUUUGAAAAUGGUCAAAGGAUAUGGAGAUCUAAUGAUGAUACCAUAAAUUGGAAUAAUAAAGAUUAUGCUAUUCUUAUAGGAGAACAUCAUGCACCUUCUCAAUCCAAAGCUCAAAUGGGAAUGAAAAUAGCAUAA